UUGGUAACUUUUCCUCAUUUUUUCUCUCAAUAUCAGUAGUGAUGUCGAUUUUAUGGAUUGGGCACUGGACUGCGAUGUUGUUACCCAGUGAUGGCGCUAGAUGGCGAUGUGUCUUCGGGGUACAGUGCGUUGCUCUUAACUUCAUAGAGCAAGAAAAUCCGGAACAACAACAUUGAGGAAUCUGAACCAGCAGAUUAUUCAACGCUUGCACAACUGAAAUGAACUGUUUUGACGUCUUAUGUACUGGAAGACAUUAGUUUCUGCGGCUGGUGAACCAGUAUACUCAUACUAAUACAAACUGGUUAAGAUGCCAUUAUGGGUGGCACCUUUGGGACGGGGUGUGGUCUGCCUGCAGUCUUGCUUUGUCUGGCAGCUCUCCUCUGCGCCAAUCUGAUUCUGUAUUUAUACCUAGAUGCCCUGUAUCAGGACACUAACCCUCUCUCAGCACACACACAGUGUCCACUUCACCACUUUAAAGUGGGCACCAUGACAACCUGUACCCCUUGGCUUCAGUGCCCCCAAAUUCGUGCUGAGGUCCGCCGUGUGAAGCUCAUUGGACAAGGAGCUGUGAAGAAGGUUUAUCUGUCUGAGUGGCGAGGGCAGAAGGUGGCGCUCUCUGUCUUGUCAUCGAAGCAGUAUACAGAUGAUUUCCUCCAUGGACUGUCAAUGCUACGUGCCUUGCAGAGCGCCCACGUCGUGACGCUUGUAGGGGCGUGUGAAGAGGAUGGCGUGUUUGUUACAGAGUAUCACCCUCUGGGAUCAGCACUGACGCUCGAUGCCACCCUCGCUCAAGACCGAUAUCUCUGGCGAAACUCCUGGCAUACUCGACUACAGCUGGCCAUAGACCACGUCGCCUUCCUGGCGUACCUGCACAGCAGUCCGGUGGGCAUCCGAGUCAUGUGUGACUCCAACGACCUGCACAAAACUCUCAGCCAGUUUCUGCUCGCAUCCGACAUGCGUCUGUUGGCCAACGACCUGGAUGCGCUGCCUGAGGUGGAGAGGGGACGUCGAGGGGUGAAGUGCGGUCACCACGAGCUCACCGGGGACUUCGUUGCUCCUGAGCAGUUGUGGCCUUACGGCGAGGAUGUGCAGUUCUCAGAUGAAGCCAUGCCUGGUUACGAUGAAAAGACGGACAUCUGGAAGAUUCCAGAUGUGACACGUUUCCUAUUGGGGAAUGUCCUGGGAAGUGAUGUCAUCCAUUUUCACUUGUUUCAGAUCUACACCGAGUGCAAGAGGAAGGAGCCUCACAUGCGGCCGACGGCGCUUGAGGUCCUCAGUGUGUAUCGCUCUGUCUACGACAGCAUGAUAGAGAGUCAAUCACAGAGAGUUAGAGAUAUGUUGUAGAGCAUCAUGGUCAUUAAAGGGGUAGUUCAACCAAAAAGGAAAAUUCUGUUCUCAUUUACUCCAAACCUGUAUGACUUACUUUCUUCUGUGGAACAUAAAAGAAGAUAUUUUGAGAAAUGUUCCUUAUAAUGGAAGUCAGUGGUCACCAAAACUGUCUGAUCACAAACAUUCUUCUAAAUAUCUAUUUUUGUGGUCCACAGCAGAAAGUCAGUCAUACAGGUUUGGAGUAAAUGAGGACAGAACUUUAAAGGCAUAGUUCACCCAAAAAUUAAAAUUCUGUCAUUAAUUACUCAUGUCUUUCCAAACCUGCAAGACCUUCAUUCAUCUACGGAACACAAAUUAAGAUAUUUUGAAUGGAAUCUGAGAGCUCUCUGACCCUCCGUGGACAGAACUACAAUGUUCGAGGCCCAGUAAGGUAGUAAGAACAUUGCUAAAAUAGAUCAUGUGACAUCAAGGCUUCAACCGUAAUGUUAUGAAACUAUGAAAGUAUUUUUUGUGCUAAAAAAAAAAGAUCUUAUUCAACAAUUUCUUCUCUUCUGUGUCAGUCUUCGAUGAGAGUACCACAGAAGUAUUCUCGUUGCUUCAUUAAAUUAAGGUUGAACCACUGAUGUCACAUGGACUAUUUUAAUGAUGUCCUUACUACCUUUCUGGGCCUUGAAUGUGGUAGCUGCGUUGCUGUCUAUGAAGGGUGAGUUUGGAUUUCAUCAAAAAUAUCUUAAAAUGUGUUUUCUGAAGAUGAACAAAGGUCUUUUUGGGUUUGGAACAACAGGAGGGUGAGUAAUUAAUGACAGAAUUUUCAUUUUUGGGUGAACUAUCCCUUUAAGUUUAAAAGAUAGCAUUGCAGUGGGUUUCAUCAAACUACAUUGAAGAAUAUGCAGCAAAUGUAUGACAGCAACAUCCAGCAGAGGAUGAGAUGCAGCAUCUCAGGGCUUCAGAUCUGAAUCCAGCUUCAAAUUCUUACUUAUGCUGACUAAGACAUUUUGCAUAACUAUACCUCAUAAAAGUUCUUUUCAGUUAAGUGAAUAGAACUUACCUUACUGAUGCAGUGAUUGAAUAUGUGGAGUAAGUGUGGAUCUUUAUUUUAAUUUUAAUAAGAUAUUGAUUAUCAUUCUUAACACAAACCUGCUUUUUGUUCUCUUUCAGUAUUUGGAAGCCUUUAAUAAAUAAUUUUCUCAAGAAAACUAUGAUUGUGUUGUCGGUAUAGUAUGAUAUCACUUACAUUUUGCGUCUAAGAUUAAGUGCAUUUUU